UAUGCGCGCAUUCGUAAAUACACGGUGCGUAAAAUGGUGGACAGCUUCGUAAACUCAGACGCAAAGUCGCAAAGUCGCCGAAGGUGGGCCCUGAAGUAUCGAUUGAACAUCCGACGGCGGAUGAUUCAAAUUGAAUAUUCGCGGUACGUCCGAGCCGCCCCUGUCGCCGCUCGGCCGUUUCCGGCGCGCCUCGGGCGGGCUCGCGCACAGGCAAAAUGUCGUCUGCUAGGCGCGUCGUCCGUCCGUCGUUCCUGCAUACAGCCGGAUCGGGCAUUCGUGACGCGAAAAUCGUGGCGCGAUAAGGCGAUAAUGCGCGACGCGCGCGCGCUCCGCGCUCGCGACUAGGCAUACGGUGAAUACAAGUGAAUCGGGUGUUCGGUGCGCGAUCGUCGCGCGCGCGUGUACGUUUCCCGUGCCGAGCGGACGACGCGCGCUCGCCGGGCCGAGGAGUGCGAAGUCGCUGUCGCGCGAGGCAUCGAUUUUCGCUCGUUUUCCGAGCGCGGACGCGGCCGGACGAACGACCGGUCGUCGCUCGCGCCCUGCCGUGUCGGUUUCAUUCCCGACCGGCGUCGCGGACUCGAUCGUCACCGUGAGGAGGUGGUGCAUCACCAGGAGGAGGCGAGGAGGUGCAACGAAUUAUUUUCAGCUGAACGCACGUGCGUCGAAACGCACGUGGCUCGGGUGGACCGACGGUGUUCGGUGUCGCGUCGUGCGGUGAUGUAAACAAUGUUGGUGAUGUCGGGAAACGGCCGCGGGUUAUUGUUGACGCGGUGGUAGCGGCACGCUUAAAGGACAUUGCCAUCGUGCGACGCGCCGUACGAAGCCGGAGAUACGCAUGCGGCGUGGUGCCCGAGUAUGGUGUAAGAGAAGCAAUCGGACGACCUGGGCUGCGGGGAUCAUGGAGUUCGAGCUGGACGGCAGCCUCAAGGAAUGGGCGAAGGACAAGCCCCUGAGCAUUCUACAGCUGGAUCCCGCCGAUCGGGCCGUGUUACGAAUCGCUGACGAACGAGACGCCAUACAGAAGAAGACCUUCACGAAGUGGGUGAACAAGCAUUUGAAAAAGCACUGGAAAUACGUUAAGGCGAGCAGACACGUCGGGGACUUGUUCGAAGAUCUACGCGAUGGCCACAAUCUCAUCUCCUUGCUGGAAGUGCUCUCCGGCGAGAGCCUUCCGAGAGAGAAGGGACGAAUGCGCUUUCACAUGCUGCAGAAUGUGCAGAUGGCACUCGAUUUUUUACGAUACAAGAAGAUCAAGCUGGUCAACAUCCGGGCGGAGGAUAUCGUGGACGGUAACCCGAAGCUCACUCUCGGCCUGAUAUGGACCAUCAUCCUGCACUUCCAGAUAUCGGACAUAGUGGUUGGUCAGGAACCGAACGUGACGGCGCGCGAGGCUCUCCUGAGAUGGGCCCGACGAUCGACCGCUCGAUAUCCCGGGGUACGGGUGACCGAUUUCACCGGUUCCUGGAGAGAUGGCUUGGCGUUCAGCGCUCUUCUCCACAGGAACCGGCCGGAUCUGGUCGACUGGAGAACCGCGCGUGCGAGUCAGCCGCGAGAGCGGCUCGAUCGGGUCUUCUUCGUCGCCGAGCGCGAGUACGGCGUUACGAGGCUUCUCGAUCCAGAAGAUGUUGAUACCCCCGAACCGGACGAGAAGUCCUUGAUAACGUACAUCUCUUCGCUCUACGACGUGUUCCCGGAGCCGCCAGCUAUUCACCCUCUAUACGAUGCCGAGGCGCAAAGACGGUCCGCGGAGUAUCGCGAGCUCGCAAGCUCGCUUCAUAUGUGGAUCCGCGAGAAGAUGGCCCUCAUGCAGGAGCGAUCCUUUCCGCCGACCUUGAUCGAGAUGAAGAAACUAGCGGCGGACAGUACGAAGUUCAAAAACGAGGAAGUACCGCCGCGGUACAGGGACAAACAAAGAUUGACAUACAUUUUCCGAGAUCUGCAAAAAUACUUCGAAGCCGUGGGCGAGGUGGACAUGGAACCGGAAUUACAUAUUGACGUCAUCGACAAAAACUGGAAUCGCCUGAUAAUGUUGCAUCAGGAGCGUGAGCAGGCUAUCAUAGUCGAAAUUAAACGACUCGAACGUCUGCAACGACUCGCCGAGAAAGUGCACCGCGAGAUGAAAACGACCGACAACAGAUUGGACGAGCUCGAGAGACGCGUGGAAGACGAGGCACGUAGGCUCGAUCGCCUUCAUCCUUUGGAAGCGAAAGACGCUGUAGACCUGUUGGAAAAGGACAUACACAAUACGGAAACCCAGAUACAGAAUAUAUUCACCGAUGUGCACACCCUGACGGAGGGUAGAUACAGUCAGGCACCUGAAUUACACAAGCGAGUGCAGAAAUUGCAUCAAAAAUGGGUUGUACUGCGAUCCCUCCUGCAUAGACGUUUAGUACAACCGCUCUCUGCGGUUUCUUUCGGUGUAGAAGAGCGUGUUGUCACGAAACACCGCACUACCGUCCAUGAAACGCGAUUGGUCGAUACCAAUCCACACUUCCGUUCGUUGCACGACUGCAUAGAUUGGUGCAAGAGUAAAUUGAAGCAUCUGCAAGAAGCGGAUUACGGUUCGGAUUUGCCCAGCGUGCAAAAUGAAUUGGACGUACAUCAUCGAGAGCACAAGAAUAUUGAUCAGUUCCAGACCAAGGUCGAUAAGUGCGUACAAGCGAAGAACAAUUUCCAUGGCGAAGAACUCACAUUGUACAGCCAACAUCUCAGCACUUUGCAGAAACUUUAUGCCGAGCUUCUUGCCUUAUCGAAUAAGAGACUCUCUGAUUUAGAGACCCUGCACGAUUUUAUACAAUCAGCGACUAACGAGCUGGUUUGGUUGAAUGCCAAAGAGGAAACAGAAGUCACGCGCGAUUGGAGCGACAAAAACCUCAAUGUGCACAGCAUCGAACAAUAUUAUGAGUCCUUGAUGAGCGAUUUGGAAAAACGUGAGAUACAAUUUUCGGCAGUGCAAGAUCGCGGUGAGGCAUUAAUUCUACAACAUCAUCCUGCAGCGAAAACAAUCGAAGCCUACAUGUCCGCGAUGCAAACUCAGUGGGCCUGGCUACUGCAACUCACCCUCUGUCUUGAGGUGCAUCUGAAACAUGCCGCGCAAAAUCAGCAAUUCUUCAAAGACAUUCAGCAGGCCGAACAGUGGAUCUCUAAACGAGAUGAAACUCUAAAUACCGUUUACUCACAAUCUGAUUUCUCAUUGGACGAAGGAGAGCAACUACUGAAGGGCAUGCAAGAGUUGCGCGAGGAACUUAAUAAUUACGGCGAUCACGUACAAAGACUCGUGGAAAGAGCAAAGGAUAUCGUUCCCAUGAAGCAACGCAAGCAACCUGUUAUGCGACCAUUGCAAGUCACUUGUAUCUGUACCUACAAACAAGUCAAUAUGUCUAUCGACAAAGGAGAACAGUGCACAUUGUACGAUAAUUCCGGCAGAGUUAAGUGGCGCGUCAAGAAUACGCAGGGUGUGGAAUCUCCUGUGCCCGGCGUCUGCUUCGCAUUACAACCUCCCGAUAAGGAAGCAUUGGAUGCUGCGGAAAGACUGAGACGACAAUAUGACAGAAGUGUUGCUCUCUGGCAACGAAAACAAUUGAGACUAAGACAAAAUAUGAUAUUCGCGACUAUCAAAGUGGUCAAGGGUUGGGAUCUGCCGCAAUUCUUGGCAAUGGGACAGGAUCAACGUACCGCCAUUAGAAAAGCGCUGAAUGAAGAUGCAGAUAAAUUGCUAUCUGAGGGAGAUCCAGCUGAUCCGCAACUCAGGAGAUUGAAACGAGAAAUGGCGGAUGUCAAUCGAUUGUUUGACGAUUUCGAAAAACGCGCCAGGGCCGAGGAAGAAUCAAAGAACGCCGGGCGCAUUUUCAACGAUCAAGCAUCUUCACUUCAACAAGCUCUUGACGAAGCUGAGCGAAUUCUGAACGCUCGCAUAGCUGCGCCCUUACCUCGAGAUCUCGACAGUCUGGAACAUUUAGUGCUUCAACAUAAAGACUUCGAACAGAACCUGCGUCGCUUGACGCCAGACGUAGAACAAAUACAGCAAACGUUCCGCGGAAUCACUUUGAAAACUCCAGUGAUGAGGAAUAAGCUCGAUAAUAUUACAACCAAAUGGAGUCAUUUGUGGAAUCUGAGUACUUUGUACAUUGAGCGUUUGAAGUGUGUCGAGAUCGUACUUUCCAGUCUCGAGGAAAACACAACAGCCAUUUCCGAAUUCGAGAUCAAGUUGGCCUCCUUCGGCGAAUUACCGUCGGACGUGAAGGGCUUGCAAAGCGUAUUAGAGGAUCUGAUGGUUCUUCAGAAUGCUAUCGCGCAGCAGCAAGUAGCGGUGGAUCAAUUGAACGAGGAUGCACUUAACGCCAGGCGUCUCGUAGAGAAGUCGAGACCGAAUCAUCGUGGUCCGCACGGCGACAUGGACAGACUGGACGCUGAAGUCAACAAGUUAAACGUACGAUGGACAAAUGUUUGCGGACAACUGGUCGACAGACUGCGCAGCGCCGAGACAGCUUACGGACUCGCGCAACAAUAUCAGAAUUCGUAUCAGAACGAGGUGGACUUUGUUGAUGAAUCCUACGGAAAACUUGAGCUGGAGAACACUAAGAAUUUGUUGAGCAAAGUGUUGGAUCGCACGCCGGCAAUCGAGGCAGUGAAUCUCACGGGCGGUAGAUUGAUCCGCGAGGGAAAGAUCUACGGGCAAAGGCUCCGAGCGUUCAAAGAACAAUUGGAAGAUAUCUGCCCGUCGUUGGAUGCAUCGGUGAAGAGGCCGCGGAGAGAUUCCGUUAUUACGGUCGAUAAUGUUGCGCGCGAUCUAGAUACGCUGAACCGAAGGUACACGACCCUCGUGAACCUGCUUGAGGAACGAGUUAGGCAGCUGGCACUACUACAUCCCGAGGACACUUCCCUACAGCGUGUUCUUCAAGAACAAAAGCCGCUGCGGACGUUCCGCACGGAGUUCAACAUUUACGAAAGCACUACUAGCGAGGAGCGUUACACAUCCACAACCACACACUAUACCCAGUCGCAAUACACUUCCGAGAGGCAUGAGUCCACCGAGACGACUUUCUCGAGCGAGACGAAGCGAAAUUACAGCGCGGAGCAGGCCGCGUAUCGUCCUAAUGGCGAGACCAUCAGCCCGGGGACCGUCUCACCCGUCGGUGGUGGCCUGCUCAAGCGCUCACACGAGAGCGGCGCGACGAGCUCCAGCAGGCGACAUCAGCAGCAGCAACAGCAGCAGCAGCAGCAGCAGCAGCAGCAGCAGCACGAGUUCUCGUCCGUCGUGGACGGCGGGUUUAGAGCGAGCUUAGGGAUCUUAGGAGGGUACCGCGGGCCGACGACCGGGGCGUUAUCGGGGCGGAGAACGCGAUCCGGCUUAGGAUUCCCCGAGUUAGGAACGGAGGCCGCGCGCGACGGUAUCAUCGACGCGCGGCUGGCCGACCGACUGUUAGGUCCAGUGGCGGGGUGGGACGAGGAGGGCCGUCGGGUGUCCUUGCUCGAGGCGAUCCAGCGGGAGCUCUGCGACGCCGAGCGGGCCGACAUCGCGGACCGAGUUAAGCAAGCGGUGGAGGAGAAGUAUAAGCUCUGCGACGAAACGCUGUCUAAGCUCCUGCAAUGGAUCUCCGAAAUCGAGGACAAACUGGCGGAUCAAGAUACCGUAAAGGAAAAUGUAGAAGAGUUAAGAAAACAAAUAAUUAUUAUGAAGGAAAUAAAAGAGGAUCUUGAGUCGCACAGCCGACCCGUUUCAUCCUGCCUGGAUCAAAUUCGACAAGUCGUCUUGACUGGCAGCAAUGUAUUGUCUAGCGAUGAAGUAUCUACAUUGGAAAAGAACGGUCGAUCUCUGAAGACUCGAUUUGACAAAGCAUUAGAUCGUACUGACAAAUUAGUGAAACGUCUCAUUGGUGCCAGAGACGAACUGACGAAAUUCAAGAAUGAACUCACGACAUUCUCGAUUUGGUUGGAUAAAGCCAGAAGCAUUCUCGAGGAUAAGGAGCGCUCCUUAUCUGACUUAAACAAACUCAGUAGCAGCACCGACACGACCCGAGAUUUUAUUAGUGAUGUCAUCGCUCAUCAAGCAGAUUUGAGAUUUAUUACGAUGGCCGCGCAAAAGUUUGUUGAUGAGAGUAAAGAGUAUCUCCAAGUUCUUAAUGACUUCAGGACCAGCUUGCCACAAAGAUUGCCACACAAAGAGCCCACAGCCAGCCAGGAUUCACCCGUACGAGCCGAAGUAUCCAGCGCUACGGCUCGAUACAAAGAUUUAUUAUCUCGAGCAAAUCUGUUGUCAGACAGAUUGUCGGGAGUCGGUGGCAAACAGAGGGACUAUCACGACUCUUUAGAUAAGGCCAGAACGUGGUUGAGGGAUAUCGAACCGAAAGUGCACAGAGUUAUCUCCGAACCCGUUGCCGCGGAACCGAAACAAGUUGAGGAUCAGUUGAGCAAAGCCAAGGCGUUGAAUAAUGAAUUCCUCGCUAAUGAACGUCUAGUUGACAAUGCUAAACAUAGUGUUGAGGCCCUGUUGAAUUCUCUAGAAGGCCAGUUGACAAUCAACGAGGCUAACGAGCUUGAGGAACCAGUGAAAGCGUUAGAAGAUAAAUACAAACAACUGAGUAAUGCUCUGGCUGACAAAUGUCAAGAACUUGACACUGCAUUGGUGAGAAGUCAAGGAGUGCAAGACGCAUUGGAUAGUCUCGUUGCAUGGUUGAACAAUGUUGAAAGUCAAUUUAAAUCGCUUCAACGUCCGGCAAGUUUGCAGAAGGAACGCUUGGAAGAGCAACAAAGAGAACAGCGAUUACUUCAAGCGGACUUGGAUAGUCAUCGUUUGAGUGUGGAAACUAUCACAGCGAACGCUCAGGAUCUUCUCUUGAAUUCGAGCAACGUUCGCAUUGCUAAACGUAUCGAAAGCAAACUGAAAGAUGUGCAAAGCAGAUUUGAGAAACUGAUGGACAGGUCUUUGAGGCGCGGUGAAUUCCUGGAUGAAAUCGCGCAAGCUUUAAACGAAUUCCUGGGAGAUGUGGCCAAAUUCGAGAAUUGGUACGCGCACAUGAUGGAAAUUCUCGACUCGAGAGAUCUGAACAAGCUCGAUAUGUCGGAGUGCGAAGCUAAGAUGGCGCAAUUGAUAGACAUGCGUGAGGAUCAACGCGGAAACUUCGAAGAUCUAAUACGUAAUGGGAAGAAUUUGAUCUCUAAAAAGGAUAUAACCGAAGCGGGUGCAAUUAGAGAUAAAAUCAAGGCACUCGAAUCUCAAUGGAAGGAACUGAACAAUCUACUGGACGAGAAACAACGACUGUGCAAAUCACGGGCAGAACAACAUAUAGCCUACGAAAAGCUGCGAGAUCAAGUACUCGAUUGGCUUACUCGUACAGAGAACAAAGUGCAAGGACUCGAGCCGGUUGCCGUAGAUCUGGAUAAGCUGAAGAUGCAACAGGAGGAACUGAAGCCUAUACAGAAGGAAUAUCGUGAUUAUGGCAACACAGUCGAUAAGAUCAAUGAUCUUGGCAUUGCUUACGACAGCUUGAUGAAAGAACGCGGUGAGAGUCCAACUCGUCGACGUGGCAGUACUAGCCCGACGAAGAGACCAGUACUGCGUAUGUCACAAGACGGUCGUUCGCCGUCACCCAUUAAAUCCUACGCAGUUCAAAGUCCGGUCUCCCCAGGUGGUAGCAGUGGAUUCAGCAGCCGUCGUUCGAGCCAAGAUGGUUUCCAUCUGGAAGAGUUAUCGCCGGUUCAACAACAACUCUCGGAAAUUAAUCACAGAUAUGGAUUACUCGGCGUCAGAUUGUCAGAUCGCCAAACGGAGUUGGACAAUAUCAGAGAGGAAUUAAAGAAACAUUUGGACCACUUGAAAGUACUCUCCCAAUUCUUGGAUAAGAUUCAACGGCAAUUGCCAAAAGAGAGUAUGCCUGCGACUAAAGACGAUGCGGACAAAACGGCCAAGCAAGUCAAAGUCCUCGUUGAAGAAAUGUACGAGAAACAAUCUUUAUUGGAUAGCACUCGUACGCAAGUGCGAGAUUUGGUCAGACGUAAAAAGGGAGCGGACGGUGUAGAUAGAUUGAACGAUGAGAUGGAAGAUGUUGCCAGUCGAUGGCGAUCGAUUUCAGACAGAUGCAAAGAUCGAAUUAAAUUCUUGGAAGACAUUAAAGACUUCUAUGAUACGUACGAGGGUCUUAAUUCUUGGCUUGGCGCUAAAGAACGUAUGCUGGGCGCUUUGGGACCAAUUUCGGCCGAUCCCCGUAUGGUUGCGAGUCAAGUACAACAAGUUCAAGUCUUGCGAGAGGAGUUUAGAACUCAGCAACCGCAAUUGGAUCAUCUAAUACAAAUCGGAGAAAGUAUCCUUGUCACAAUAUCCAUAGAUUCUCCGGAUGGACAGAAGAUAAACAUGAAAUUGCAGAGCAUUUUGCAACGGUGGGCAGAUCAAAUGGGAAGAUUGGACGAAAGAGCUCAGAGUUUAGGAGACGCCGUUGAUACUAGUCGUGAGUUUGAUGCCAGUCUUAAUCGACUACGAGAUGCCUUGCAAGGAAUUUCAGACAAUCUGGACGAAUUGUCUCUUGAAAAAGAUCCCGAAGAUCAACUUCGUAAGAUCGAGAAUUUGGAGAGGCAAUUGGAAGGCCAGAGACCAUUAUUAGCGGAUGCGGAAAUGGCCGGUGCGCAACUGUGCGAGGUUCUGAUGAGUGACCCAGCGUCGAAAUCUGAAAUUCAAGGAAAGCUCGCCGUACUCAGCAAGAUGUACAAUAAUUUGCAAAAGAAAUUGGAUCACAGGAAAGCAGAAAUUGAAGGUAAUCUUCGCGAUGGAAGACAAUUCGAAGCCUCUUGUAGCAGAACUCUAGGAUGGCUUGCGGACGAACUUGGAAACAUGUCAGAAAAACUGUUAGUAUCUGCUGAUAGAGAAAUUUUGCAACAGCAACUUGAUCAUCAUGAGCCUAUUUAUCGUAAUGUGAUGAGUAAAGAGCAUGAAGUUAUAAUGCUCUUGAACAAAGGACGCGACAUACUUGCGCGAUCUCAGAAAAUUGAAAACCGCUCGCUUCAACGUGACUUGGAUAAGAUGCAGUCACAGUGGGAUCGUUUGAAGAAGGAUACUGUCGAAAGACAUACUCGAUUGCAGACAUGUGCAGAACAUUGCAAGAAAUAUUACAAAGCUCAAGACGUGUUUCUUCCGUGGCUUCGACAAGCCGAGGAUAAAUUGGAUAGUUUGAUCCCUACUUCCUUUAGACGCAAGGAUAUCGAGAAGCAGUUGAAAGAACUGUCAUCAUUCAGAAACGAAGUGUGGAAACAUUCUGGAGAAUUUGAAAAUAACAAGACGCUUGGCGAAACGUUUGUUGGAGCCUGCGACAUUGACAAACAAAACGUGAAGAAUGAGCUUAGUGCUAUGAAAACUAGAUGGGAUAAGUUAAAUAAUGAUUUAAUAUCCAGAACGCAGUCCUUGGAAGAUACCGCACGUCACCUAAUGGACUUUAAUGAGAAUUUACGUGAUUUGCAGCACGGUUUACAACGUUGCGAAGAUAAAUUGGCUUCGCACGAUGCUCUCGGCGGAGCGGCUAAAGAUCCAAAGCUUCUCGAUAGAAUAAAGAAUUUGCGAGAGGAAACAACGAGCUUAAAGAAACCUUUGCAAUGCGUGAAACAACAGGCUAACGAUCUCGUAAACAAAGCUGGUGAGCAGGGCGUUGAUGCGACACAUUUACAAGACGAAACUGACAAUAUUAACGAUCGUAUUAACGACCUGCAAGCGAAAUUGGAUGAUAGAUGCAACGAACUACAAAGCGCAGCUACAGCUGUUGCGCAAUUCAAUGAUCAAGCGAAAUACAUCAGCCAGCAUCUAUCCGCUCUCGAGAAAGAUUUAGAUUCCAUGAAAGCAGCUGGUAGAGAGAUUAAGAUCGUGCGAGGACAAUUGGAAGAUACCGCUAAAGUUAUCAGCAAAAUUAACAAGCUCUACGAGGAAAUCGGUGAUUUAGAGAAUCGUGGUGAACGUUUGGUCGAUUACGGCUUCGCUGCCGAUGCUGUAGCAACGAGAGAUCAAGUUGAUGGAUUUAAACGACAAAUUGGCAAGUUGGACGAACGCGCGCGUACCAGAGAAGACGAACUCACAUCUACCUUGAACAAGUUACAAGAAUUCUAUCAAUUGCACGCGGAUGUUAUGGAGGGUAUCAAUGACGCAAACGAACAUGUCAGAAGGUUUAAGCCUGUUGGAUCCGAAGUGGACUCGAUUAAAGUCCAGCAGGAGGACUUCAGGACUCUCAAAAUUAAAAAGAUCGAGCCAUUAGCACAUGCUGUUGAAGAUUGUAACGCGCUCGGUCAAGGUCUUAUACAGACUGCAGGACGAGAUGUCAAUACCAGCAAUAUCGAAAAAGAUGUCGAUAAAAUGAACGAAAGGUGGAACGACUUGAAAGACAGGCUAAACGAGCGCGAUCGCAAAUUGGAUGUUGGAUUACUACAAUCGGGCAAAUUUCAAGAGGCUUUGGACGGUUUGGAGAAAUGGUUGACCGAUACGGAAGAAAUGGUUUCGAAUCAAAAACCACCUUCUUCAGAUUACAAAGUCGUGAAGGCACAACUGCAAGAGCAGAAAUUCCUAAAGAAGAUGUUGAUGGAUCGACAAAAUUCUAUGACAUCUCUUUACAACAUGGGACGAGAGGUAGCCGCCGAUGCAGAUCCGAAGGAGCGUAAGGCCAUCGAAAAACAAUUGAACGAUCUUGUAGGCAGAUUUGACAAUCUGACGGAAAGCGCUGCUGAGAGAAUGGAUGCUCUUGAGCAAGCGAUGGCUGUGGCGAAGCGAUUCCAAGAUAAAUUGGUACCACUUGCUAUCUGGCUAGAUAAAACGGAGAAGAAAGUAAGAGAUAUGGAGUUGGUUCCUACCGAUGAGGAAAAGAUACAGCAACGUGUCAGCGAGCAUGACAUACUUCACGAAGAUAUUAUAUCGAAGACACCAGAUUUUAGCGAGCUCACGGAAAUAGCCAGUCAACUUAUGUCGCUAGUAGGCGAAGAUGAAGCUGCCACAUUGGCCGAUAAACUUCAGGACGCAGCAGAUAGAUACGCCGCUUUGGUCGAACGAUCGGAAGCUCUUGGUGCCUUGUUGCAACGUUCGAGGCAGGGUUUACGUCAUCUCGUUCUCACAUACCAGGACUUACAAGCAUGGAUGGAGAGCAUGGAAAUCCGAUUGUCGAAAUAUCGCAUCUUGGCUGUACAUACAGAAAAACUCUUGCAACAAAUGGAAGAUCUCGCAGAUCUUACGGAAGAGGUAUCCACGCGACAAACGGAGGUUGACAGUACUGUGGAUUCUGGUUUGGAGCUAAUGAAACACAUCUCGAGCGACGAAGCGCUUCAAUUGAAGGACAAAUUGGACUCUCUGCAACGACGAUUUAACGAUCUCGUCACACGCGGCUCGGAUCUCUUGAAACAUGCUCAAGAAUCCUUACCAUUGGUGCAACAAUUCCACGAUAAUCACAAUCGUUUAAUGGAUUGGAUGCAAGGCGCAGAGACGGCUUUGCAAUCUGCCGAGCCUCGCGAAGAAGAGAUUAUCCGACUCGAAAUGGAAAUAUCCGAAUACAGACCUGUUCUGGACAAAAUCAAUGCGAUUGGCCCACAGUUGUGCCAAAUGUCGCCAGGAGAAGGUGCUGCGACCAUCGAAGGUCUUGUGACUAGAGACAACAGGCGAUUCGAUGCUAUUGCUGAACAGAUCCAGAGGAAGGCUGAAAGAAUUCAGCUAAGCAAGCAGCGAUCUUUGGAGGUAAUUGGCGAUAUUGACGAUUUACUCGAUUGGUUUAGAGAGGUGGACAAUCAACUUCGAGAAGCCGAGCCGCCCAGCAGCGAGCCUGAAAUUAUUAGAGUACAAUUGAAAGAGCACAAAGCGCUGAACGACGAUAUAUCCAGUCAGAAAGGUAGAGUCCGUGAUGUUAUUUCGACUGCGAAGAAAGUGAUACGUGAAAAUGCUCAGCACGAAGAUACAUCUACCAUUAGAGAUAAGAUGGAGGAUUUGCGUGAAACGAUGGAGAUUGUAUCGAGCUUAUCGACAGACAGAUUGGGAGCUUUGGAGCAAGCUUUACCGCUAGCGGAACACCUUCGUGAUACCCACACUGGCUUGGUCAGCUGGCUCGAAGAGGCUGAACAACAAAUCGCCAUGCUACCCAUGCCUGCAUUGCGACCUGACUUAAUAGCAAUGCAGCAGGACAAAAACGAACUUCUCAUACAGAGCAUUAAUGAACACAAGCCUCUAGUAGAAAAACUCAACAAGACCGGUGAGGCAUUAAUUAAGUUGUGUAAUGAAGAGGAAGGUAUCAAGGUACAGGACAUUUUGGAUAAUGAUAACGCUCGCUACGCGGCAUUGAGAGCCGAAUUGAGAGGCCGGCAACAAGCGUUAGAACAAGCGCUACAGGAAUCCUCGCAGUUCUCCGACAAACUGGAGGGUAUGUUGCGCGCCCUGUCUUCUACUGCCGAUCAAGUGAACGGUGCCGAGCCCAUUAGCGCCCAUCCGGCUCGUUUGCGCGACCAGAUGGAGGAGAACGCGGCCUUGGCAGACGAUCUCGCUCAGAGAUCCGAAGCUUACGCAGCCGUCAAGAAAGCCGCGGAUGAUGUUAUCAGUAAAGCGGGUAAUAGAGCUGAUCCGGCGGUAAAAGAUAUCAAACGCAAGCUAGAUAAACUGAACAAAUUAUGGACCGAUGUACAGAAAGCCACGACCGAUCGCGGUCACACUUUGGACGAUACUCUGGCUGUCGCCGAAAAGUUCUGGGCCGAAUUGAACGGAGUUAUGGUCACUCUGAGGGAACUGCAAGACGCGCUGGCUGGACAAGCACCACCGGCGGCUCAACCAGCCGCCAUUCAGCAACAACAAGUGGCAUUGCAAGAAAUCCGACAAGAGAUCGAUCAGACCAAACCGGAUGUUGAACAAGUCCGAGCAUCAGGACACGAAUUGAUGGGCUUGUGCGGCGAGCCAGACAAACCUGAAGUGCGAAAACACAUCGAAGAUUUGGAUCAAGCUUGGGAUAACGUCACCGCUCUGUACGCCAGACGCGAAGAAAAUCUGAUCGACGCUAUGGAAAAAGCAAUGGAAUUCCAUGAAACAUUACAGAAUCUAUUGGAGUUCUUGCAAGAGGCCGAAGACAGAUUCGCGGAGAUGGGUCCGCUCGGCAGUGACAUCGACGAAGUGAAGAAGCAGAUCAAACAGCUGGCCAAUUUCAAGGCCGAGGUGGAUCCUCACAUGGUGAAAGUCGAGGCGUUAAACAGGCAAGCAGCCGAAUUAACGGAAAGGACCUCGUCCGAACAAGCAGCAGCCAUCAAGGAACCACUCGGUGCUGUGAACAAACGAUGGGACGGAUUACUGAGAGGCUUGGUGGAGAGGCAACGAUUGUUAGAGAACGCAUUAUUACGACUCGGUCAAUUCCAACACGCUUUGGACGAGCUAUUAGUGUGGAUCGAGAAGACAGACAGGACGUUGGAUAACAUCAGGCCAGUAGCGGGUGAUCCACAAGUGAUUGAAGUUGAAUUGGCCAAACUGAAGGUCUUAGUGAACGAUAUACAAGCUCACCAGACGAGUGUUGAUACUCUGAACGAUGCUGGACGCCAAUUGAUUGAAGAUAGUAAAGAUACCGCCGAAGUGUCUACUACAGCUGACAAAUUGGAUACUCUGAAUCGUCGUUGGCGAGAUCUGUUGCAACGCGCUGCUGAUCGUCAACGAGAAUUGGAAGAUGUCUUACGGGAGGCGCAAUCAUUCAAUGCUGAGGUACAAGAUCUGUUGUCGUGGUUGAACGAUGUGGAUAACAUGAUAGUAGCUUCUAAACCGGUUGGUGGAUUGCCCGAGACUGCGUCCGAACAAUUGGAACGCUUUAUGGAAGUAUACAACGAGCUGGAACAAAAUCGUCCGAAGGUUGAAACGGUAUUGCAGCAAGGGCAGGAAUAUCUGAGGAAAGCAGACACGAGUGCCGGAGGAUUGCAUCAUACUCUGCGAACGUUGAAACAAAAAUGGGAUAAUGUGCUUUCACGCGCUAGCGAUAAGAAGAUAAAAUUGGAAAUUGCCCUGAAAGAAGCGACCGAGUUCCACGACGCGUUACAAGCUUUCGUCGAUUGGUUAACUAAUGCUGAAAAGAUUUUGACAAAUCUCAAACCGGUCUCGAGAGUCAUGGAAACCAUACUUCAACAAAUCGAGGAACACAAAGCAUUCCAGAAAGACGUCGGUGUUCAUCGCGAGACUAUGCUGAAUCUCGACAAGAAAGGAACCCAUCUCAAAUACUUCUCUCAAAAACAAGAUGUGAUUCUUAUAAGAAACUUGCUCGUGAGCGUGCAACAUAGAUGGGAACGAGUGGUUUCCAAGUCAGCCGAGAGAACGAGAGCUUUGGAUCACGGCUACAAAGAGGCUAGAGAGUUCCACGAUAGUUGGUCGAAUCUAAUGAACUGGUUGGACGAAACCGAGAAGACAUUAGACGAAUUUGCAGCUGAUGGACUUGGCGGCAACGAUCCGGAUAGAAUUAAGUCGCGUCUCAAUAGACAUCGCGAGGUACAAAAGGCCUUGAGUGCUAAGCAAAGCACUUAUGAUACUACCAUGAAGAACGGCAAAACAUUAAAGGAUAAAGCACCAAAGAGCGACGAACCUGCCUUGAGAGAACUUUUGAAUGAGUUGAAGAACAAAUGGAUCACAGUCUGUGGUAAAUGUGUAGAUCGACAGAGAAAAUUGGAAGAAGCCUUGCUAUUCUCCGGACAGUUCAAGGAUGCAAUUCAAGCGCUACUAGAAUGGUUGAGUAAAACUGAAAAAUACCUGGCCAGCACCGGACCACUUUACGGCGAUCUGGACACCGUGACCAAUUUAGUGGAGCAACACAAGGCUUUCGAGAGAGAUUUAGAGUCUCGCGCUUCACAAAUGGAGUCCGUCAUCAAGACUGGUCGCGAAUUGGAAUCUAAAGCCUCUAUCGAGGAUGCAUCAAUGAUCAGAUCGCAAUUGUCUGAAUUAAAUAGUCUCUGGGACAGAGUAACCAGUCUCACAACGAAGAAAUCCAGACUAUUGGAAGAAGCCCUUCGAGAGGCCGAACGACUUCACAAAGCCGUUCACGUGUUGUUAGAAUGGUUAAGUGACGCGGAAAUGAAGCUGCGAUUCGCUGGACCACUGCCGGAAGACGAGCAGGAGAGCAGAAACCAAUUGAUGGAGCACCAGAGAUUUCUCCGCGAGUUGCAGACCAAAGAAGUUGAAAAGGAUAACACGUUAGAGUUGGCACAUAUUAUCCUUGGAAAAGCGCAUCCCGAUGGUGCUGCAGUUAUCAAACACUGGAUUACAAUUAUUCAAUCUAGAUGGGAAGAAGUUGCAACAUGGGCCUAUCAAAGGAAUCAAAGACUGGAGAACCAUAUGCAAGGACUACAGGAUCUUGAUAAUCUUCUCGAGGAGUUAUUAGCCUGGCUCGAAGGUUUGGAGAACACUUUGAAUGCCUUGGAAGCAGAACCUUUGCCCGACGACAGAGCUACGCUCGAAAUGCUCAUCGCAGAUCAUAGAGAGUUUAUGGAGAAUACUAGCCGAAGACAAAAUGAAGUUGAUCGUGUGUGCAAAGCUCGACAAAUUAAACCGAUAAAAGAUGCAAGAAAGAUAUCGAAAGUUAGAUCACCAGCGCCUACUAAGGAUCUCUAUCAGGAUAACGAGCAUGAGCAACCUCAGCCUCGUAAACAAAGCCGAGGCAGCCCAGGUCGUGACAGAACGCCAGAUCUUUCAUUGCCGCACAUCGGUCCACGCUUCCCACCCAAAGGAAGCAAAGGAGCUGAACCGGAAUUCCGCAGCCCAAGAGUUAAGCUUCUCUGGGAUAAAUGGCGUCACGUUUGGAUGCUGGCGUGGGAACGACAACGUCGUCUACAGGACAAGUAUAAUUACAUUCAGGAACUGGAUCGCGUUGCCAACUUCAGCUGGGAAGAUUGGCGCAAACGGUUCUUGAAGUUCAUGAAUCACAAGAAAUCCAGAUUGACGGAUCUAUUCAGAAAGAUGGAUAAGAACAACGAUGGACUUAUACCAAGGGAAGAUUUCAUUCAAGGAAUUAUGAACACCAAAUUUGAGACUUCUCGUCUGGAGAUGGGUGCUGUUGCCGACCUCUUCGAUCGUCACGGCGAGGGCUUGAUAGAUUGGAAGGAGUUCAUUGCCGCUUUACGACCCGACUGGGAAGAACGACGAACCUACAAUGAUACGGACAAAAUCCAUGAUGAAGUUAAACGGCUGGUCAUGCUAUGUACAUGUCGCCAGAAGUUCCGCGUUUUCCAAGUUGGCGAAGGAAAGUACAGGUUUGGUGAUAGUCAAAAGCUGCGAUUGGUUCGAAUUCUGCGCUCUACUGUCAUGGUACGCGUCGGUGGAGGCUGGGUAGCAUUAGAUGAAUUCCUUCUGAAGAAUGAUCCAUGCCGCGCCAAGGGAAGAACGAAUAUUGAGCUGCGGGAGCAAUUCAUACUGGCGGACGGUGUUAGCCAGACUAUGACGGCCUUCCGGUCCAAGCCGAGCCCGACCUCGACGCUGCAGCGUACGCAAAUGUCCUCCACUAAUGCCGGACCGAUCACCAAGGUGAGAGAACGCAGUGCUCGCAGCGUACCUAUGGGUCAAUCGCGAGCCUCGCGUUCAUCUUUAAGCGCCGGCACGCCCGACAGCCUUAGCGACAACGAAAGUUCCUUCAAGAUAUCCUCUAGGAAAACCAGCACGCCUUACAGAUCUACCGUGACGCCUGGUGGUAGCCGUCCAUCCAGCAGGCCAGCAUCAAGACCUGCCUCUCGACCAGCUAGCAGACCGAAUAGCCGGCCUGCAUCAAGACAAGGAAGUAAACCGCCCAGUCGAUACGGAUCAACGCAGUCGUUGGAUGACGAUUCAUGCACUCCGAGUCGUAUCCCACGAAGAACCAUCGUGGGCGGCUCUGGCAAUACCCCGACGUCCAGUAGACACAACAGUGUAUCUGGCAGGAAACUUACAACCCCGAUGAAUGGCUCGAGCUCUCGACCCCGCACUCCGACGGGAUUAAUCAGCCCUGCCAGCGGAGUGCCUUCCAGGUUUGGCUCAAUCCAUAGAGCUUCGAGCAUUCCAACCCUGACUGGUGUCGGAACACCUAUCAGCCGCUCUAGGAUACCCGUGUAUGUGGGGGUGGAUAUAAAAUCUCCUCAGUCGACCACCAGCAAUAUGUCGACUCAUUCAACACAAAGCAACCAUUCUACAAUUUCUACUGAUUCCACUGGGAGCAGUUCCUUGUGUACAAAUUCAGCAACUAACAUACCAACAGCCAUUAAGCAAGCUAGAGUACGUACACCGUCCAGUGGAUCCAGCACACCGCUACCACCGUCAUCGAAAUUGUCGAGGAAACCUUCCGGAGCUUCCGACACGUCUAUGUCGGGGACAACUCCGAGCACACGGAAGGGAAAACCCACUCCGAUCGAACAGCGCGCGCCGUUCCGAUUGUAAUAGCUUAUUAACGGAUACAUAUAGCUUGUAAAAUGUGCCCGAAUAUUAUGCCCGAACGAGAAUAAAUAUAAAAACAUCCCCGUCGCAAGUUUAGGAAUGAUCGCAUUUGCGAGGUGGUUGUUGUAUAUCGAGAUGGAAGUAUGCAUAUAUUAUGCGAAUGCUAAAUUGAUGAUAGAUCAAAAUUUGAUAGAAGACAAAUGAUGACUCUAGAAGUUAUGAUAUGAUUUUAUCAUUUUGCUGAAGUUUUCAUCAAGUAUCGAAUGCCAUUAAAAUUAUAAAUACCAAUGAGUAUUUCAUUACUCUCUUAGGGUAAGGGAUUGCAAACAGUUUGGGGAAAUUUAUUUAUUUCGUGCCCGCGUUAGAAAGUGCUUAAAGCAUCUAUCUAGUUUAUAAUAAUACAUAACAGUGAAAUAAAUUAUAUUGUUAUAAAUACCAUAAUCUUGGUAUUACCGAAAGUGCAGGGUAAUGCUAUUAAUUGAAAAUAUUUAGGUGAGAUAAACAAUAUCUUCGCCAAUUUUCUCGAUAAGGACAAUACUACUAAAAAGAUUUUAGCGUGAAGAAAGAAAUCAACGUUAUAUGUAUUAUAAUUACGCUUAUGUUUGAUAUAUAUAUAUAUAAAUAUAUAACUAGAUGCCUGUGUAAUUACUUUUAUAUAAUUUAGUAUAAUUUGCUCAUUUUGCACGCAUAUCCUUGCGUGUUUUAUACAUCGCGUGAACCAUUGAGGGCUUUCUCGAUGACAUUUUUGAGCAGUAUACUUGAGCAAAUUAUAUAUGCGAAGAAUUAAUUUAUUUAAUAUUUUCUGCUUGACUUAUUGUAUUCGUCGUGCGACGUAUAAUUAACGUUUAAUGCGCAUUUGUUAAAAAAAAAAAGAGAAAAAAGAGAAACCUUGUAUGCGAUUUUAGAUUGUGAUGCAAAUCAUGAUCCGACAUUCAUUUUUUGUUAUCCGUUUCGCAAAUUGCAUAGUACGUAUUCGAUUAAUUAUACUUGUAAAAAUCAGAUAAAAUAUUUUUAUUUUUUUCAUUUUCUCAUAUAUCAAAAAUGGAGUGAACCAAGAUUUGUAAACGAUAUUAAUUAAUUACAAUCUCUUUACAAAUCUGCAUGAUAUAGACAUUAUCUAGAUUUUCAGAAGUAUUUUGAUAUAUUUAUGUUCUUGCGAAACGGAAUAUUGUAGCUUUUUGAAAAAAUACGACAGUAAUCAAAUAUAGUUUAGGAAUAUGAUGCACAAGUUUAAUCUUUGAGCGGUCGUACUUAAAAAGUGCAAUUUUUUCAUAGACAUUAUUUUUACAAAAUAAUGUCUAUGAAAUUUCCUCAAAUAUAUAUGUCAAUAUAUUAAUGAUCGUGUGUCGAUCAUGAAAUUAAAUAUAAAAAGGCUGAAGAAAGAGAGAAUCACGCGCCCGCUCUAAGAUUAACGUGCGAUUUGCUUUUGUUAUAUGUUUGCGAAUCGAAUUAUCGAUUAAUGAUCAAUUAAUAAGUAAAUAAUAUAAUUAUAAUUACAUAAUUAUAUAAAAUAUUAUAUAAUUAUUAAUUAUAAUUUACUAAUGAGAAAUUUAAGAGUUCGGGGGAACAUACCUAACAGCGUUAAAAUAAUAAUAAUAAAAAAAGAGAAAACUAUACGUGUGAAUAGUUAAGUAAAAUAUAUUCCAUUGCGCGAAGAGUGUGGCCUGUUAGGUGACGGGUAGAAAAGAGAAACUUUGAAAAAAAAAGACAUUUCCAUUUUUUUUACAUAUAUACUUUUAGAUGCGAUUAAUGUAACGGAGAUAUGACUCGCUGCCUCUUAUAAAUAUUACGUAAUGCGAUUAAUUUUAUUAACAACUUCUCAACAUAUGACUUUGUUUCUUUUUCACUUACCGAGAAGUGCUGUAUGAUGCUAAUAAUAAUAAUAACAACAACACAAUGAUGACGAUGCAAUGAUAAAAAGAUGAUAACAGACACACGCACACGCAUGAUAUUUCAGGAAGGAUUAUAUACUCUCGACCCGUUUCAUUUAUAUUUUUCAUUUUUAGGCGACUGUUGCGCAUCAUGCAAAUGUAAAAAAAAUGUAUAUAUGAUAUUACCGCGCGCGUAUGUUUUUUUCUCACGUUCGUAUUUUCUAAUCGAAGUCGUGGUGCGUCAUGAUCAGGAUACGGAUCCUGCAGUUGCUUGCGUCCUCGUCGAUGCCUAAAUUAAGCAUAGCUAUUAAGCUACGUACGCAGUAAUCUCGCGAGACCGGAUAGGGUUUUCCCGAAUGGGGAUAACAAUGCCAACUCCGAUCCUCUAAUGUCAACUGACAGCCGCAUUGUAUAAUAUUUCAAGCAGAUUACAUUUUGGAAGGAUCCAAUGGAAGAAGCGACGCUUUAUGCACGCUGCGCUGAUAAGGCUUAUCGAGUAUCUCGAUCGGCGGUGUGAAAAACACCGCGCGCGCGCAGCUUGUAGAGACGUGUAAUUUACGAAGGUACACCUACGUGCAGGUCUAAAUGAGCUUUGUGCAGUUUUUUAUAAUCGCUCUGGGUCUAUACUUUUAAGAUGCGUCAAUACGCCUGUUGUAUUACUGUUGUAAUCGGAAUAAACACGUUUUCGCACUCAA